CUUGAUUAUAUUUAUUUAUUUGGCCAGAAGAACAAGUUUGCAAUUACUAAUGACAAGGGUAGGCUCUCAAAGGAGGAGAUUGAGAAGAAGGUACAAGAAGCUGAGAAGUACAAAUCGGAGGACGAGGAACACAAGAAGAAGGUGGAGGCCAAGAAUGCUCUUGAGAACUAUGCCUAUAACAUGAGGAACACAAUCAAGGAUGACAACAUUGCUUCUAAGUUGUCUGCUGAUGAUAAGAAGAAGAUUGAAGAUGCUAUCGAGCAUGCAAUUCAAUGGCUGGAUGGAAACCAACUUGCAGAGGCUGAUGAAUUUGAAGACAAUAAUGAAUUGAAGCAUCAAGUAUGCUAUUGGGUGAUUAUAGUAAAUCACAAAUUUUAUGAUGCCAAGCAAAGUAUUCCACACUUGAGGCCUACAGAGUACAAGAGAUCAAGGUUGCCUAGAAACCGUAGGACUGUUAACUGUGCAUAUGGUGGUGUUUUGUCUGGAGGUGCUGUUAGGGAAAGGGAUGGGCAGUAA